AAAAAUCAUUCAAAACGGCAUAAACUUGGCUAGCCGUGGUUUUCACUCAAAUGACGUGGUUUUUAAAGUGUCUUACUUGAUUUCUUAGCCAAAUACAUCAAAUAAGUGUUUUAAACACUUGGUUUUUAUUUUGGAGAACUAUGAAUUUUUCGGUCGGUUUUCGCAUCGGUUGGCUAGGCCCUGGUUAAGGCAAAAACCAUGGGUUCUUGACUAACCACCCACCCAGCGAUGGGAAGAUCUUCCCAUCGAUGGAUGAAAAUGACGUCUUCGUUGAAGAACCAGAUUCCGAGGUUCAGAAUGAAGGAAGGUGAAAAGAUCGAUGACAUGUUCGAUCGGUUCUCAAAGAUCAUCAACGACCUUCAUGCACUCAAGAAGACUUACGCCAACAAGGAUCUUGUGAGAAAAAUCCUGCGGAGUCUCACUCCUGAAUGGAGAUCAAAGGCUGACGCAAUCUACGAAUCCAUCGGAGUCUCCAACGUCACCAUCGACGGGUUAAGAGGUAACCUCAAAACUUAUGAAUCUACCAUUCUAACCCCGUCUUUGGAUGAACAAAAGAAGAAGGGAAUAGCACUAAAAGCAACCAAAGAGACCGUGGAAGAUGACUCAAGCGAUGAUGACAACGAGUUCGGACUCGUCAUCAAGAAAUUCCACAAAUUUAUGAAGAAGGAAUUUGAGCACAAAGGAAGAAAGCACGACGGUCCCCCGAAGUGCUAUGGGUGUGGCGAGAUAGGCCACAUCAAGCCGAGGUGUCCAAAAGGCAAAAGCGGCAAGGACAAACCUGGCAUCAAAAAGCAAUGUGCCUAUAUCUCGUGGGGUGGUGACUCUGGCGACGAGUCAACUGAUCAAGAAGAGGAGGAAGCCGCCAACAGCUGCCUCAUGGCACACGAAGACCACGUCGACGAAAUACAAGAGGUAUGUACCCCUUCUUCCGACUCUUACACUCUUGAAGAGAUGCAAGAAGCUCUUCGAGAACUUUAUGAUGAUAUUGUUAGCGCUUCUAAAACCAACAAAUCACUAAAGAAACGUCUUUCAACUCUUGAAAAUGAUUUUGAAAAACUGGAAAAAGAUAAUGAAUAGUUGAAACAAGAAAAUAAAUUUUAUGGUAAAAGAAGCGCCGACAAACCAGAAAGUUCUUCAAGUGAAUGUGAAUCUUGCAAAACUUUAAAAGAGAAGGUUGCAAAACUUGAGAGUACGGUUAAGAAGUUUAAUACACCACACAAAGAUCUCAAUUUACUUCUAGACACUAUGCAUUUUUCUAAGGAAGGAAUAGGCUUUGAUAAAAAUGAAUCUAAGGAUAAAAA